GGAGCGGCGUUGACUUUUGACGUGUUGAAGUACAAUGAAAACUCCCUGACCGCUCAUCUUCGUGUGCACAGCAGAGGUUUGGUGAAGCUGUGGAGCUCCCUGACUCUUCAGGGCUCCUACCAGGACCAGGCCUGUGCCUUCAGAGUGCUGCAGGUGUCUCCGUUCCUUCUAGCGCUCACGGGAAACAGUCGGGAUCUGCAGCUCAACUGAUCAGGAUGAGCUUCUUAUGGAAAAGACUCUCUUCCAUCCCAGCGGCUCUUCCCCUCAGCCGGCUGCUCCACGUGGGCCAGCGAGCCUCUCUAUCCAGAGCUUUCUUCGCCCGCGACCUGGAGCUGUUCGCCGAGCUGACCGGCGACACCAACCCCCUCCACCUGGACCCGGUCUACGCCAGCACCACUUCCUUCGAGAGGCCCAUCGUGCACGGCGUCCUCAUCAACGGCCUGAUGUCGGCCGUGCUCGGCACCAAGAUGCCCGGCCGCGGCUGCGUCUUCUUGUACCAGGAGAUCCACUUCCCGGCGCCGCUCUACGUCGGGGAGGAGGUGCUGGCCGAGGCCGAGGUCCGCAAGAUGAAGAUGUCGUUUGCCUUCAUCGCCGUGACGUGCUCGGUCAAGGACAAAGUGGUGAUGAAAGGGGAGGUGAUGGUGAUGAUGCCCGAUGAGCAGCAGCAGCAGAAGGAGUGAGAACGGGAGGUGGUGGGGACGAAGGCCACGGUCAGAUGAUGUAGCUCUGCAUCUCCCGAAACAGCUUUUCCACACAAUGGAGUUUGACUAUGAAAAAAGAAAAAGUCCUUAUCGACGCAACAGAGACUUCAGUUAGCUGAUAAUUUAUUGUUUAGUAUUUUUAAUUUGUCAGCUCUGCCCCGUUGUUUGAACAUCGUGUGAAAUGUUUUGUGAAGAACGAAACAUGCAGUUAUGUUUGGAAUUUAUUAAAUCUGUUCGUGUUUUAUUGUCA